UUUGCCAUGCAAGUGUGCGGUAAACCUAAAUGACAACGUACGACUCCUACAGAGCAGAAAAAUGUCGAAAUAGUCUGUGAAGCAAAAAAAUAAAAAUGUCAUAAUAAAAAACACGUGAGGGAGCGCGAACCCGAAUUUAUCUAAAAUAAAUUAAAAAGAGAUGUGAAAUACAAAAUGGGUAAAAGUAAAUAUAACGCAAAAGCCCGACAAGUAGUCAAGACUAAUAUUGACGAUUCAAAAACUUCUGAAAUUAAACUUGAUUUUCAAUCAAAUGAAUAUGGUGCAGCGGAUGCCAGUAAUGCACUGGCUUUGCCAUCUAAGAAAAGGCAUACCAAAGUUAUCUCAGAGAAGAAAGAAAAGACAAGGUUCCUGUCUAAAGCUCACAGAAAAAGGCUAGAGAAAAUCGUCGAGAAAAAGAAAAAGAAGGAAAAUAGAGCAGCAUUGCUAGAUUCUCUGGCGCAAGUUCAAGCGACAGCUGAUGAAGUGAGCCAGUUGACCGCAAUAUCUGCAGUCCAGACCAUCGGCUUGAGGAAACUCCAUGAUUACAACUUUGAGAGUAAAGUGCAGCAGGAGGCCAAAACCGGUUCAGAGCCCAGGAAGUUUAGCAGCAUUGCUGGUGCAAAAAAACGCCUGAGGCUUUUGAAGUUAGAACAAUCUGGUCAAACAAAAAGAACAAAAUAUGAUCCAAAUGUUGUUGGUCUUGAAGAGUCAUCUUCAGAAGAAUCAAGCUCAGAGUCAGAUGCCAAUGAUAAUGAUGAUGAUGAUGAACCAGAAGUUAUAGAAAAUGGGGUAGCAGAAAACAAUACCCAGUUACCUAAAGAAACUAAAAGUAUAGAAGUCUCUAAUGUAGAAACUGAAAAUCCUAGUAAUGACAAAGGAACCAAAGUAUCUAGAACUGAUUCACCAAAAAAGAGUGAAGAUAAAAAUGUGAUAGAAAUAAAAGAAGAAAAAAAACCACUGCUUGCACACCCCACACAGCAUGUAGAAGUGAAAAGAGACCCAAAAAUUCAGAUAGCAAGGUUGAAAUUACCAAUCCUUGGCGAAGAACAGAGGGUUAUGGAGCUGAUUAAUGAAAACGAGUUUCUGAUUGUUGCUGGUGAAACCGGCAGCGGAAAGACUACCCAAAUCCCCCAGUUCCUAUACGAAGCUGGCUACGCCUCCACCAAGAUGAUAGCGGUGACGGAGCCGCGCCGGGUGGCCACGGUCGCGAUGGCGGCGCGCGUGGGGUAUGAGCUGGGGCUGAGCAGCAAGGAGGUGUCCUACCUGAUGAGGUUCGAGGGGAAUGUUGGCAAGGAGACCAAGAUCAAGUUUAUGACGGAUGGUGUCCUCCUCAAAGAGAUCCAAUCAGACUUCCUCCUCAGCAAAUACUCCGUGGUGAUCAUCGACGAGGCGCACGAGCGAAGCGUCUACACAGACAUCCUGCUCGGGCUGCUGUCCAGGAUUGUGCCGCUCAGGAGGAAACGAGGAUCGCCGUUAAGACUCAUCAUCAUGUCCGCUACACUGAGGAUUGAGGACUUCACUGAAAACACUAGGCUGUUUAAAACACCACCGCCUGUUAUAAAGAUUGAAUCUCGCCAGUUUCCUGUAACUGUCCACUUCAACAAGCACACCUACAGUGAUUACUUGAAGGAAGCCUACAAGAAGGCUGUGAAAAUACACACCAGGCUCCCUGAAGGCGGUAUCCUGAUAUUCGUUACUGGACAACAAGAGGUACACUAUCUAGUCCGAAAACUGCGCACCUCAUUCCCAUACAAAAAGAACGUCGACUACUCAAAACUCAUACAGAAGAAGCGACCAACACUAACUGAAACUGAACAAGCUUUAGACUCAGAACCCGAAGAUAUAGAAUCAGACGACGAUGAAGUGGAGAAAGAGAUGAAGCGAAUGAGGAAAGCUAGGAGGAAGAUGAGACAGAAACAUAAGGAACUGCCGAAGAUAAAUUUGGAUGACUAUGAUAUGCCUGAGGAUGAUGGCCAGGCGGACUUGAUAGAUGAUAACGAUGAUCAGGACAGCGAAGGACAUUUGAGUGACUCUGACGCAGAAGACGACACGCUCAUCGCGGCCAUCAAGAACUGCCGCCAGCCUCUGUGGGUUCUUCCCCUCUACUCCAUGCUAGGGUCUUCUAAGCAGGCGCGAGUGUUCCAGCCGGCGCCGGCGGGGGCCAGACUGUGCGUCGUCAGCACGGACGUGGCCGAGACCUCGCUCACUAUACCCGCGAUCAAGUAUGUCGUGGAUACCGGGAAGAAGAAGAUGAGGGUAUACGACCACGUGACCGGCGCGUCGGCCUGGCGAGUCGUGUGGACCUCACAAGCGAGCGCCGAACAGCGCAGCGGCCGGGCCGGUCGUACUGCCCCGGGACACGCCUAUAGACUGUACAGCAGUGCGGUGUUCCAACAUGAUUGUGUGGAGCAGUACCCGCCCGAUAUAUGCAGGAGACCACCGGACCAUUUGACGCUGACUAUGAAGUGUAUGGGGAUUGAUAAGGUGGUAAACUUCCCGUUCCCGACGGCGCCGGACCGCAUGCAGCUGAGACUGGCAGAACAGCGGCUCGAAGUGUUGGGGCUUCUCGAGAGACAUCAGAGCAAGGCCAAACGAAGCGAUGAUGAGGAUGUACUAAAGGUCACGGCGCUCGGGCGCGCGGUGUCUGCGUUCCCGCUGCUGCCGCGCUACGGCAAGCUGCUGGCGCUGAGCCACCAGCCCGCGCUGCUGCCCUACACCGUCGCGCUCGUCGCCGCGCUCAGCGUGCCGGAGGUGAUGAGCGGCAAGCCGGACAGCUGGCCGGCGACGGGCCACCUGCUUCUACUGGGCGACCCGGGGGUGUUGCUGAGAGCCGUGGGCGCCGCGGAGCAUGCGCACUUGAAGGGAGAAGAGGAACUGUUCUGUGCUAAAUACGGACUGAGGGAGAAGGCAGUGCAAGAGAUCCGCAAGCUCCGAAAACAACUCUCGUCCGAGAUCAGACUGUGCGUCCCCAACGCAGUGACGUCACUGGGCGAGGCGAGCGCCGUGGACGACGGUCAAGCAAGGCUGCUGAGGCAACUCGUGCUGACGGCCUUAGGGGACCAGGUGGCGACCAAGAUACAGCUGCAUGAGGUCAAAGAAGGUGAGGACAAGCGCAAGUACAAAUACGCGUACCAUUGCGCCAACAUGGAGGAGCCCGUGCAUCUUCACUCUGAAUCCAUAUUGCGCAAGGUGAUCCCAGAAUGGGUGGUGUACCAGGAGCUAUAUGAGACGGGAAGCGAGGAACGGCGCAAGAUGGUGAUGCGACACGUGACCGCCAUAGAACCCGAGUGGCUGCCCGUCUACGUGCCGAAACUGUGCAAUUUGGGAGAUCCUCUGAGCGACCCCGAGCCGCGCUACGACGCCGCCAGCGGCCGCGUUAAAUGCCACUUCAAGGGAACCUUCGGGAAAGCCGGCUGGGAACUGCCCACAGUCGAGAUCGACUAUCCGGAGAGACUGGAACGCUACCGGUGGUUCGCCAAGUUCCUACUCGAAGGAGGCGUUUUCCCGAAGCUGAAGAAGUAUGCAUCCUCUUUGCUGUCUCCGCCGUCGACUAUGGUCAAGUCUUGGGCGACGCUGCAGCCCAGAACUGAUGUGCUGUUGAAAGCGCUUGUUGCAAAGAGGGCUGGCUGUAAAGACUCGCUGAAAAGCGUUUGGGAGGAUCAGCCGAAAUAUCUGCUGAAUGAGUAUCUGAGAUGGCUGCCUGAGUCUGCGCACAACGAGGCGUCCCUCUACUGGCCACCGAUAUGAUAACAUUAAAUGUAUUCCUGUAAAUAUGUAUUGUAAUUAAAUGUUGUAAUUUACAA